CGGGCGGCAGCGGGGCCACAACCGGGUCCGUGCGCGUCACGUCGAGACCGCAGCCGCCCCCCGCCCCGGAAGGACAAGUGGGCUCUGGGAAGAUGGCAGCGGCGGCGGGAGCUGCGGCGGCGGCCCCGGUGUGUGUGCUAGUGCUGGGCAUGGCCGGCUCCGGAAAAACCACCUUUGUGCAGCGCCUGGCCGCCCACCUGCACGGGCAGCGCUGCCCUCCGUACGUGAUCAACCUGGACCCUGCCGUGCACAACCUCCCUUUCCCCGCCAACAUCGAUAUCAGGGACACUGUGAAGUACAAAGAAGUUAUGAAACAAUAUGGGCUAGGCCCAAAUGGCGGAAUAGUGACUUCUCUCAAUCUCUUUGCUACAAGAUUUGACCAGGUGAUGAAGUUUAUUGAAAAAAGACAAAAUGCAUCCAAGUAUGUUAUUAUUGACACACCAGGGCAAAUUGAGGUAUUUACUUGGUCAGCAUCAGGAACCAUCAUAACUGAGGCCUUGGCUUCCUCUUUUCCUUCAGUUGUUGUCUACGUAAUGGACACCUCUCGCAGUACUAACCCUAUCACUUUUAUGUCCAACAUGCUGUAUGCCUGCAGUAUCCUGUACAAGACAAAGCUACCUUUCAUCGUAGUUAUGAACAAAACUGACAUAAUUGACCACAGUUUCGCAGUGGAAUGGAUGCAGGACUUUGAGACUUUUCAGGAUGCCCUGAAUCAAGAGACCUCCUAUGUCAGUAACCUGACGCGUUCUAUGAGUUUAGUGUUAGAUGAAUUUUACAGUUCACUGAAGGUGGUUGGUGUUUCUGCAGUGCUCGGCACAGGACUGGAUGAGUUUUUUAUCCAGCUUUCUAAAGCUGUGGAUGAAUAUGAGAGAGAAUAUCGUCCAGAAUAUGAGCGCCUGAGAAAAACACUGGAGGAAGCUCAAGAGAAACAAAAGAGAGAGCAGCUGGAACACUUGUGGAAGGACAUGGGCAGUGUGUGUGUGCAGGGCAGCACACUGGCAGGACCCGAUGAUGCUUCUGCAAUGGGUCCCUCUGAGCUAAUCCUAACACGAGGAACUCUCAAUGAAGAGGAAGAAGAGAGGGAGAGUGAUACUGACGACAUUGACCAUGAAGUGACUGAGGAGAGUCAUGAAGAACCGGCCUUCAGAAACUUCAUGCAAGACAUGCGGAUGAAAUGCCAGAGAAAAAGCAACCUGAAUGAAUGAGACCUUCACAAACAGAAGUAACUGUUGGUCAUGUGAGUUAAAGAUCUUGUGGCCGAAUGACUGCACAUUUGGACAUCUGCCACUGUGGCUUCCUGAAGCUGAAGGAAUCAGAUAGCAGUCUCAUUUCCUCCAGAUUCUUCAGAUCUAUCUGUUGAGAGCUUAGAUUUUGAGCUCUGACAGCAUCAGUAUCCAGAGCACUAACUGGUCCCCAGAAACACAUUUCGUUCGCAUGUGCAGUCAGGUGUCUGCUGCAGCCAGGGCACAAGGGAUGCUGCAUUGAACUUUAUCAAUCUACUUGCUGUUUGAUGAUUUGGUUUCCAUUAAAUAUAUUUUAUGUACUGAAAAAUGUGUGAUAAUAAUAGAAGGAGAUCUCAUUUUA